CUCUGACCAGGUUCAUGACCGGCACGCCACGCCGGACCCGGACUUCGCCUCCUCCCGUCCCUCUGACAUCACGGGCUAGACGACCAACGCCUAAUCCGCGCGUGCUAAGAAUGAAACAGCCGCCUCCAACUAUAAAUACACACAGCAGCCCAACGUAGAUAGGAGUACAUUGCAUCUCGUCUAUCCAUCCAUCUCCAUUUCUUGCUUGCGAGACGGAUCAGAAAAAGUUGAAGGAGAGCUAGAGCUCGCGAGCGGGAGCAAGGAGGAAGGCAGUCGUCGGUCGGGGGAGGUUUUCUGAUGGGGAACUGCGCGGCGUCGCGGCACGCCGGGGAGUCGUGGGCCGACGACGGCGAGUGGGAGGAGGCGUCGUCCACGUCGGAUGACGACCACCACCGCCGCCACCACCAUCACGACGGGUCGGAGGAGCACCUGUCGGAGGUGACGAUCAGGAUCACCAAGAGGCAGCUGCACGAGCUGAUGGAAAGGAAGACGCCCGGCGGCCGGCGUAGCAGCACCCGGCAGCUGCUGGCAGACAUCAUGGACUCCGGGGAGGUGCACCACCAUGACGUGCACCAGGAAGAGCACUGGAGGCCCGCGCUGCGGAGCAUUCCGGAGGCCGUCGAGUCGUGACAAGACUUGGUGGUGGCUACGUACAAACUUACGUACGCUGCACUGCCGAGCUCUCUGGGAAACAGAUUAAAGUUGCCAUUUCCUUCCUAGCCUCUUUUCUCUUUUCUCGUUCCCACGGUGUGUUUCCAUGUCCUUGAAUGGUUGUCCAUGACCAUGCAUGUACAAAGAAUUGGAUUUGGAUAGUUCGUUCACAUUGUCACUGAUGCAGCACAUAAGAUGUACGUCUAGUGAAAUACGUAUAGAAAAUUGCCACUGGUGUACAAAGAUGUAUUGUGGGGUGAGAGAGGCUCGAACUCUCGGUGUACAAAGAU